GACGUCACUUUCGUAUGUGGCAGGAAACAGCCGGUUGUACAUGUAAUGUCAUUCUCAGAUAUAAGAAAGAAAACAUGAUUAUUACUAAGAGUAGGAUUAAUGAUACAUGGUGUUAAAAGGUCACCAAACCCCAAUACAAUGCAGUUGGAAUUCCUCCUUCUCCUUACUCUAAUUGCCAUAGUAUCGUCGACUGAUUACUACGAAUUACUAGGAAUAAGAAGAAAUGCUUCAAAUAGGGACAUAAAGAAGGCGUACCGUAAAAUGGCCUCAAAGUAUCAUCCGGAUAAAAACCAAGGAGACAAGGAUGCUGAACGAAAGUUUAUGGAAUUAUCAAAAGCCCAAGAAACACUACUCGACGACGAGAAACGGGGCAUCUACGACCGAUUCGGAAAGGCUGGCCUGGCAGGGAAUGGCCGAUACACACAGUUCCAUCGUAGCUACGACUUCCACGAUGUAUUUGCUGAUUUCGAUGAACUACAUCGUGCCCAGCAUCACGGCAGAGCAGCUCGCCAGGGCUAUAGGUUCAACUUUGGAGACAUUUUUGGUGACGACCAUGAUGACGUCCCCGAGGACCUCUCUGACGACCGUUUUGGGUUUGGGGAAUUCGAAAACGCAGGAUUCUUUAGUAGUAGCUAUCGACAACAGGAAACACGAGGUUCACGUAAAUGCCGUACUGUGAGGCGACAAAUGGGAAACAUCAUGAUGACAUCAACAGAGUGCAGCUGAUUCUUGUGUUAGGAGAAAAUGGACUCAAGCAAAACAUCCUCAGUGUGAAGUGGAUAACAUGUCCGUGGCGAUAUUAAACCAAGGCUCUAGGGUUGGUUCGAUAUGUUCUGGAGCUGAAUCUAAAGCAGUAUUAUGAAUAUGAACCUCUCGGCUGUCAGAUUGGUGCAGUAAACACAUCAGCACCUGUCACCUCCAAAGUGCCCGGUUUGAUUCUGCGGUCGAUCCUAGUCACACUCAUGUGAUAGAGCAUAGAGAGGGUGCAUUAGAACGAUGUCGGUCGGUCUCGAAUCACACCCAAGGCUCAGAGACAAAACGGUGUAUUUUGUUGUCAGAAAGACGAAAACCGGACGUUUUCAUAUCUACUUGGGAUGGCAGGUUGCCCGUGCGAUGACUAAAUUGAAAGAAUAAACUAAGUCAGUAUAUGUAUCCCAUUUUCAA